AUGAUUUGGGAAGGCUCAAAGAGGAAUCAACUGAUUCUUGGAACCCCAUUCCUUGCUACAGCUGGAGCGGUCCUAAACUACUUUGGGAAUCAUCUAUCUUUUGGCCACAUCCGGCAAGAUAUCUUUUUCCCAAGUGUAAAUUUCAGGUCAGUGCCAAGUGCGACCAAGCUACCACCAGAAGAAGCCACUCUCACGCCUAAGAAAGAAGCCGUGAUGCAUGGAGAAAGAAGAGAGAGUGAGCGCUACCCAAAACCAAAGGAGAAGAAGAAAACAUUGGAGCCGAGGCAUGAAAAUAUAAGAAUCUUUACACCAAAAGAUUCGGAGCUUAAAGGUGACCAAUCCAUUGAAGAGAAGCUUGAGAGAACUAUGAAGCUUUUCCCCAAGGCAUUGGUUUUCAAAGAUGAUGUGAGAGAUGACUAUGGCGCGACAACACCACCACAAGAAUCCACUACACCGGAGAAUGGAGAAGCUAAAGGGAUCCUUUGCCCUUCAGCCACUCUUCACCACGAUUGA